AUGGCUUUCAAUAGUCAUAAUUUCCGGCACAACUCCAUUGGUGGAAACUGGCAUCUACCACCGCCCUCCCAACAGCAACAGCAGCUGCACGAAGGACAGGAGCCUGGAUCCAAAGAGCUCACGCCCGAGCAAAUCUAUCUUCAACAACAACAACAACAGCAACAGCAGCAACAACAGAAUGCAGCAAACUUGAAACAAGGCCAAGUACCUGGAUUCAGGAAUCCGUGGUUCUCGAUGAACCCGGCCGGUUCAUCUGGGUCUUCGCCCUUGGCCUCGUCUGCAUUAUCGCAAUCUCCAACCAAAUCUCAGCAUAUACCUCUCCUUCAACAGCCUCCACAGUUGACCAAACGACUAUCGUUUACAAAUCAGCUAUCAACUACAUAUGAAAACGAAAACAGUUACAACUUGAACAACGCCAACCAACCGGCGUUUGUCCAGCCACCGACACGAGCAGGCAACCCGUUCACCCAAUACUUUGCCAAUCAGGAAGUGUCACUAAAUGCCAACGAUCGCCGAAUGUCUGCAGCCAUUGAUGGCACCCAUUACUAUCCAUACGGGCACAACCAAUUGCCCAACGUUAAAACCUUUCCCCUGCAACUUGGCGCUCAAGACGGUGGUGCCAAUGCGUCGCAAUUGGUCAACAACAAUGCCGCGUUGGGAACGGUGAUUCCCAAUUUGGGAGCAAUGAGGAGGUCGUCCAUGGCCGCGGUGCCGAGCCAUUACCAGCAAACCCCCUUGGUAUACGAGGACAACAACAACAACAACAACAACAACAACAACAAUUCAUAUUUUGCAUCUCCGACAAGCGUGGGCAGGUCGCUGUCGAUUGUACAGCACCAACAGUACCAACAAACACUACAGAACCGCAAAGCAUCCCAAUUGAGAAACGCUGCACCAAAGGCAAGAAAGAUUUACUCCAAGCAUGACCUCGUCCCCAAAUACCACCAGCAGCCCAAAUACCGACGCUGCUCGGUCAACUCGAUCCACAUUUCCCCAGUCAACGCCUUGUCCGUUUACUUGACUGAAACGUACGGCAUAUGCCAGCCACGGAAAUUCCAGUACUCCAAAUCGACCAACCCCAAGCGAGUGCUAACCAAGCCGCUGGAACCCAAAUUCAACAACGGCUACGACAACGAAGAUAGCGACUACAUCAUGUAUGUAAACGACAUAUUGGGAAGCGAGGAAGGUAGAAAAUACAUGGUGUUGGAUCUUUUGGGCUCGGGAACGUUUGGUCAAGUUGUCAAGUGCCAAAACUUGACCAACCAAUCGGUUUGUGCCGUGAAAGUUAUCAAAUCAAAGCCCGCGUAUAUGAACCAGUCCUUGACAGAAGUACGAUUGUUGGAAUUUUUGAACACCAAUAGCGACGGCAAGAACUUCAUCAGGUUGUUGGAUACCUUUAUGCACAAGGAGCAUUUAUGUCUAGUAUUUGAGAUACUAGGCUCCAAUCUCUAUGAAUUGAUCAAGCAGAACCAGUUCAGAGGACUAUACAUGAAAUUGGUGAAAUUGCUAACAAAGCAAUUGUUGGAGGCCUUGGCCGAGCUCAAGAGUUUCCAAAUGAUCCACUGCGAUUUGAAACCUGAAAAUAUCCUACUAUGCCAUAACCACAAGACCAACAUCAAGGUGAUUGAUUUUGGAAGUGCGUGCUUUACUCGCCUGACCAUAUAUACAUAUAUCCAGUCGAGAUUCUACCGAUCACCCGAGGUCAUCCUAGGGUUACCAUAUACCGAGUCCAUCGAUAUGUGGUCCUUGGGUUGCAUAGUGGGAGAGUUCUUUUUAGGGUUGCCCAUGUUUCCCGGUACCUCGGAGUACAACCAAAUCUGGAAGAUCUGCGACAUGUUGGGCCCACCGCCACGGCACAUGAUCGAAGUUGGUCGCAACGCGUUGAACUUUUUCAAAAAGAUCCCCUGCGACAGUCCCGACGCAAAACCACGCUACGAGAUCAAGUCCUACGACGAGUAUUGUCUGUACUUGGAGUCGUCACGCAACGCAGAGCUUGCCGGAUCCGGCCAUUCCCACAAGAAGGAGCAGCCAAACAAGAACUACUUCAAGCACCGGUUGUUGAAGGAUAUAAUAUUGAACUACAAGAUGCCCUCGAAGAAGAUGACGACUUUGAUGAUUGAGAAGGAGUGCCAGGAACGGUUGUUGUUGGUUGACUUUUUGACCAAGGUCUUGAACCUCAACCCAUUGGAGCGACUAACCCCGCAGGAGGCUCUCAAGCACCCGUUUCUUCAAGACGUGGGAUCAAUCGAUAUAGCAUGA